CCGUUUCUUCACCGCCUCGCCAUGGACUCGGACGAGGGUUACAACUACGAGUUCGACGAGGACGAGGAGUGCAGCGAGGACAGCGGCGCGGAGGAGGACGAGGAGGACGAGGAGGAGGACGAGCCCGACGAUAACCUGGACCUGGGCGAGGUGGAGCUGGUGGAGCCCGGGCUGCGCGUCGGUGGAGAGCGCGACGGGCUGUUAGGCGGUGAAACGGGAGGGCUGGGCCCCGGCGGUGGUGGUGGUGGAGGCGGCCUGGGCGGCGGGCCGGGCCCCGGCGGCGGCGGCGGCCCCGAGCAGGAGGAGGAUUAUCGCUACGAGGUGCUGACGGCCGAGCAGAUCCUGCAGCACAUGGUGGAGUGCAUCCGGGAGGUCAACGAGGUCAUCCAGAAUCCAGCGACUAUCACUCGAAUACUGCUUAGCCAUUUCAACUGGGAUAAAGAGAAGCUGAUGGAGAGGUACUUCGAUGGCAACUUGGAGAAGCUCUUUGCAGAGUGUCAUGUAAUUAAUCCAAGUAAAAAGUCUCGAACGCGCCAGAUGAACACAAGGUCAUCAGCCCAGGAUAUGCCUUGUCAGAUCUGCUAUCUGAACUACCCAAACUCGUACUUUACCGGCCUAGAGUGUGGACACAAGUUCUGUAUGCAGUGCUGGAGUGAAUAUUUAACUACCAAAAUAAUGGAGGAAGGCAUGGGACAGACCAUUUCAUGCCCUGCUCAUGGCUGUGAUAUCUUAGUCGAUGACAAUACAGUUAUGCGUCUGAUCACAGAUUCCAAGGUUAAAUUAAAGUACCAGCAUUUAAUAACCAAUAGUUUUGUAGAGUGUAAUCGACUGUUAAAAUGGUGUCCUGCCCCAGAUUGCCACCACGUUGUUAAAGUCCAAUAUCCUGAUGCUAAACCUGUUCGCUGCAAAUGUGGACGUCAGUUUUGCUUUAACUGCGGUGAAAACUGGCACGAUCCUGUUAAAUGCAAGUGGUUAAAGAAAUGGAUUAAGAAAUGUGAUGAUGACAGUGAAACUUCUAAUUGGAUUGCAGCGAAUACAAAGGAAUGCCCGAAAUGCCACGUCACCAUUGAGAAGGACGGGGGCUGCAACCACAUGGUCUGUCGGAACCAGAACUGCAAAGCGGAGUUCUGCUGGGUGUGUCUGGGCCCCUGGGAGCCCCACGGAUCUGCCUGGUACAACUGUAAUCGCUACAAUGAGGAUGACGCAAAGGCAGCAAGGGAUGCACAGGAGCGAUCCAGAGCAGCCCUGCAGAGGUACCUGUUCUACUGCAACCGCUAUAUGAACCACAUGCAGAGCCUGCGCUUUGAGCACAAGCUCUAUGCUCAGGUGAAGCAGAAAAUGGAGGAGAUGCAGCAGCACAACAUGUCGUGGAUCGAGGUGCAGUUCCUGAAGAAAGCAGUCGACGUCCUCUGCCAGUGUCGUGCCACACUCAUGUACACUUACGUCUUUGCCUUCUACCUCAAAAAGAAUAAUCAGUCCAUUAUCUUUGAGAAUAACCAAGCAGACUUAGAGAAUGCUACAGAGGUGCUUUCUGGGUACCUUGAGCGAGAUAUAUCCCAAGAUUCGCUGCAGGACAUAAAGCAGAAAGUCCAGGAUAAGUACAGAUACUGCGAGAGUCGACGAAGGGUUUUGUUGCAGCACGUGCAUGAAGGCUACGAGAAGGACCUGUGGGAGUACAUUGAGGACUGAGACUGGCCCCGCAUAAAACGAACUCUGAAACCUUUACCAUCUAGAGUGCUCAUGCGAUUCAAAUCAAACACACACAAAAGGCGCUACGCCUCUUACACUGCUGGUCUGUAGUACCGGGAUUCUGUUUUGUUAACAGAAAAUUUAAGUAAAUUAUAUUGUAAUAAAAGAAAAGGUAGAUAAACCAUUGUACAACAGUAUUCUAGGCGGCCAAUAAGAGUGUGACAGACGCACUAAAAAAAAAAAACCCUCCAACUUUAACUUGUAACGUAGCUUCAUUCUCCAAGCUGACUCCUUUUUCUUUUCUGUCUUUCUCUUCCUGUGUGUAGUACAGAUGAAAUUUAAACCAGUUUCUUGACACUGCUUUUCAUGUCCAAACCAGCCAUUUUGAUGUACUUUGGUAAGGGGGGGAUGGCUCUCCCACCCCCCUCCUCCUCUCUGCCACCCAAGUACAGGGAUGAAUGUCGAUUGGCUCACUGUAAAGAUGAUUCUUGGGGAGGGGAGGAGGGGGGGUACACAGCAAGGAAAAAAAAAAAAAAACCUUUGUAUAUGACUUUUAAAACAAAAAAGAGGACAACACAGUAUUUUUCAAAGUUGUAUAUAGCGCAUAUGCAUGGACAAAGAGCAAGCGUGGCACGUGUUUGCAUAAUGUUUAAUUACAAAAAAAUAUUUAUUCUUUAAAAAUCUUCAAGAUUAUGUCUAUUUGCUGUGCAUUUUCUUUCAGUUUGAUUAGUUUUGUUUUGUUUUGUUUUCCCUGGGAUGGGGUGGGGGAAGCGUGUGCUGGUGUAGUGAAUUUUUUUUUUUUUUUGGAAGGCUUUUACCAGAGAAGUUGGGUUUCUCCUCCUUCUUGCACUUCCUUUACGUCCACGGCCUCCACAGUUUUGUGUGUGUAUCCAUUGCUGGCGACGGACCCGUCCCCUCGCGCGCAGCUCCUGACGCUCGGUGACCCCGUGUGCAUUGCGUUAGUGACCAAUGUACACUGUGAUUCAGGAUGCUUUGCCUUUUUUUUUUUUUUUUUUUCGGCCCCAGAUUGAUACCUGCCCAAAUCCAACUCUGCUGUUCCCAUCCAUGCACGCAGGACACGCGCUCUGAACCCAGAGGAGGGGUGUGUGUGUAUUUAAGAGUUUUAUUUUUAAUUCCGAGGCGGGAAAAGGAGGGGUAUUUUGCACCACUUCUCAACAGACUUACGGAAAGAUUUCGGCUGUGGAUCUCCUCUCCCUCCCCCUUUCAUCUGUCAAAUGGACCGUUCCUUGCUGUUUAAGUUUCACUUACAUUAUAACGAGUCGUAACAUUGAAAAGGAAAGAUGAUGGAAUUGUCUUUGUGUUUGUUUUGGGCUCAAUUACUGGGCAUACUGUCCUGGCAAAUAUUUAACACUCCAUCUAGUGCAGUAGAAGUCGAAAUCAGCGGGGUAUUUUUCAAUUAAAAGGGGAAAGAACUAAUGAGUUAGCUACUGAGUCCAUUUUUAUGAUUUCUGUAACAAGAGCUAUGUUAAAGUAAACAAUUGGUGGUGGUUUUAUUAAAUUUACUCCUGUAUAGGAA